GAGCGAGGGUGCAGUGUAAGCGCACCGCUUUUGUACGAUGUAUAAACUUUUGCUUGUCGCUUUCGUGUGUCUGAAGCCUUACAGCUAUGGAGACAAUAACAUGUGUAAGAUACCAAACGGAGGCGCUGGAACCUGUGUCAAUAUACUGAGGUGUAGACCGUUGAACGACAUACACAACAAGAGACGCAAAACACAAGCCGAAGAUACGUUUCUCAGGCAGAGUUUGUGUGGAUACCCAAAUUCUCCAACGAUUUACGUGUGUUGCCCUUCGAUAGACACGUGGCAUAACUUUGAAGCCAAACCAGUAAUAUUCCACAAUCCACUCGAUGAUCUAAGUGGAGACACGUACUAUCCGACGAAUCAAGCAAACUUUGCUACGGAAACUGCUGGAGGUAACAAUACAAUAGUUCCAAACUCCAGUCCAACUCCAUCUCAAGCAACACCGGUACCUAUAACCACUAUAACAGAGACUGAACCUAAAAUUAAUAAAGGCGUUCCUCUUUCGCGGGAUUAUAACACGGAUUCAAUGAGUAAUACCAAUGAUGAGGAUGAUUUCUUCAGCUUAAGCAUUUCUAACAGAAAUAAUAAGAUGACCUGCGGCUAUUAUUAUUCAAUUGGUGACGAAAGAAUAACUGGUGGCGAUGCAACGUCGAUCGACGCUUACCCAUGGCUCGUGCUGUUGGAGUACAAUUCCAACGUGCUGGGUUGCGGAGGAAGUCUCAUAACGUCCAGAUUCGUGCUGACCGCCGCGCACUGUGCCAACAGUCGCGCUAACGGAAUACCGGCAUUUGUUCGUCUAUCUGAAUAUAAUACAACGUCAUUUCCUACGGACUUUGUGAUAACCGAUGGAGGUGGUAUAGACGUAAUAAAUGUAACAAUUAUACCAGUUGAAAAAGUAUGGGCUCAUCCAAGUUACAAACACAUCUCAUUUCUGACGGAUGAUGUAACCCCUAAUAGCUUUGAUAUUGGGCUUGUGAAGCUAACGAGGGACGUGGAGUUUGGUGAUUUCAUUGACAUAAUAUGCCUGCCGCCUAAAGACUUCGUCUCAGAAUUUAAGGAGGGCCUUUAUUUAACUGUAGCUGGAUGGGGGGAAGACGCACUGAAUCCUGAGAGCGACGUCAAGAAAGAUUUGAAGAUACCUUACGUACCUCUAGAGAAAUGUAGGAGUCUACACUCAAGAACACUAGUGGACAAUCAAUUAUGCGCAGGCGGAGAAACCGACAAAGAUACCUGCGUUGGCGAUUCAGGUGGUCCCUUGAUGUACUCGAGUAAUAACACAUACUAUUUGGUGGGAAUAGUGAGCUACGGAAGUGUGCAUUGUGGUACAAAGGGGCAACCAGGCAUUUAUACGAACGUGCACAAUUAUCUUAAAUGGAUCAGCGAUGUUAUAAACAGCAAGGAGUAGACGUUAGCUUGUUGAGUAGAAGAGAGCUGGGUUAUACUAUCCUAUAGACUUUAGAAUUCGAACGCUUUAGGCAUUUUUAUGACUGAGAGUCUUAUAACCAGGGGCGUAGCUACCGCCGUAUACGCCGUAUCAAUUACAUAUACGGGGGCUCCCAAAGUGAGCAAAAAUUAAUAAUAACUCCCCAUUUCUUAAUGGUAAUAUAGGUA